AUGCCAAUACCGACCAAACGGGACACGGACCCUGAGGGAAUCAAUUCGGGUAAAGAAGGUGAACAGGAAAACAAACUUCCACGGAAGUACUUGACAGGCUGGACACUAUGGUUAUUAACGGCUGGUGUUUGGAUUGCUCUUUUUCUCUCCACGAUCGAGACCACCAUUGUCAGUACGUCGUUGGUUUCGAUCACCAACGCCUUGAACGGCUUCUUGAUUAAGGACUGGGUCGUCACUGCAUACCUAUUGACCUACACAGGUUUCCUCACCAUCUUUGCGAAAUUCAGUGAUAUCUUUGGAAGGAAGACAAUGCUCAUCGCCGCCCUGACUAUUUUCUCUUUGGCUUCCCUUCUGUGUGGUAUCUCCAACUCGAUUAUUGAACUGAUUGUAUUUCGGGCAUUCCAGGGUAUCGGUGCGUCGGGAAUCUACUCCAUGGUUAUGGUGAUUGCGCCAGACAUGGUACCACCCGAGAAAUAUGGCAAGUAUAUGGGGAUCAUAUCGACUGUUUUUAUCGUCGCCAGUGUCAUGGGCCCGGUCCUUGGUGGCGUCAUCAACACGCGUUCUUCAUGGAGAUGGGUAUUUCUUUUCAAUGUUCCCGGGGGCCUUGUGGCCCUCGUCUUGAUAGUAUGGUGUCUACCAACGUCCGACACGAGUUCGAAGCUCGCGUUGCGCAAACGCUUGCGGGCCAAGCUGUCCAAGGCGGAGUUUGUACGAGUGGAUAUAUGUGGGAUGUUUCUGUUGCUUGCCUCUUCCGUGUUGCUUGUGUUUGCUCUGGAGGAAGGAGGAAGUCGGUAUCCAUGGGACAGCGUGGCCAUCAUUGUCCCGCUGGUGCUGGCAAUCGUGGCUGCCGUCGUUCUCGCAAGCUGGGAGGUUUUCCUUGAGAGGAAAGUAUCCGUUCAGGAACCAGUCUUUCCUCCCAGCAUUCUCAAGAAUAGGCUGCUGGCAGCCAUGCUGCUUACAGCUUUCUUUGUCGGCUUCCCAUUUGUGGCGAUCGUCGUCAACGUACCGCAGAGAGCGCAGGCCGUCAGCGGUCUGUCACCUCUCAAGGCUGGUCUUGCUUUGCUACCAUUGCUGCUCGCAUCCCCGUUUGCAACAGCUUUGUCUGGGUUCUUGACUGGCAACUUGAAAAUCCCACCUUUUUACCUCAUCCUCGGGGCGUCAGUCUUACAGUUGAUUGGCGUCAGUUUGUCUUGCUCAUAUCCUAGUGAUCAGGCGGAGGUUCCACCAUCUCAAUACGGCUUUGAAGUGAUUAUGGGAAUAGGUUUUAGACUGGGUCUGACCACGAUCCUCACCUUCGCCCGUGCACUCCAUAUAGCGGUCAUGAUGGGUGCCAUAACGCAGAUCCGCGUGCUGGGAGGGACAAUAUCGCUUGCAAUUGGUUCUACUGUCCUGAACAAUCACGUAAAGCCUCGCAUACUCUCUAUUGUCUCCCCGAAGGAAGCGCAGGCAAUCUACGACUCGCUAUCUGCCAUCCAGGACUUGGCUCCGUCCCAGCAGGCGGCGGUCAAAAGGGUGUUCGCUGAGGGCUAUAACUUACAGAAUAUCUUCAUGACUGCACUCACGGCUCUCAGUCUUAUAACAGCGUGUUUCCUGUGGGAGAGGCACCCGAGAAAAGCAGUGUAG